AUGGCGGAAGUGAAGAACAAGCAGGUGAUAUUGAAAGACUAUGUGUCGGCCGGACUUCCCAAAGAAUGCGACAUGGUUGUCGUCGCUACCACCACCAAACUGAAGCUUAAAGAAGGCUCCACCGGGGUUCUGGUCAAGAACCUAUACUUGUCCUGCGAUCCUUACAUGAGAAGCCGCAUGGCCAAGCGUGACUCUGCUUCUUAUGUCGAUCCCUUCAACCCCGGCAAGCCUAUUAGCGGUUUUGGCGUUGCUAAAGUUUUGGAAUCUAAGGAUGCAAAGUUUAAGCAAGGCGACUUGGUUUGGGGAAUGACUGGAUGGGAAGAGUAUAGUCUGAUCACUUCCAACGACUAUCUGUUUAAGAUUCCCACAACUGAUGUGCCUCUUUCUUAUUAUACUGGAGUUCUUGGUAUGCCUGGUAUGACUGCAUAUGCUGGUUUUUAUGAGAUCUGCUCUCCUAAGAAAGGAGAGACAGUCUUCGUUUCAGCAGCAUCAGGAGCGGUAGGUCAGCUUGUUGGCCAAUUUGCCAAGUUGGUAGGAUGCUAUGUUGUUGGAAGUGCUGGAAGCAAAGACAAGGUGGAUUUGCUGAAGAACAAGUUUGGCUUUGAUGAAGCCUUCAAUUAUAAGGAGGAACCUAACUUGGAUGCAGCUUUGAAAAGGUACUUUCCUGAUGGAAUUGAUAUAUACUUUGAAAAUGUUGGGGGAAAGAUGCUAGAUGCAGUCCUAGUGAACAUGAAGAUUGGUGGCCGGAUCUCAGUUUGCGGAAUGAUUUCACAGUACAACCUAGUGCUACCUGAAGGUGUACAUAAUUUAAUGUAUGUGGUGUCGAAACAGCUGCGCAUGGAAGGCUUCAUCGUUUCGAAAUACUUUCCUCACUACGGCAAGUUUCUGGAAUUGGUUCUGCCUCACAUAAAAGAAGGCACCAUUACGUACAUGGAAGAUGUUGUCGAAGGCCUGGAGAAUGCUCCCUCGGCUCUGCUUGGACUCUUUGCCGGCCGCAAUGUAGGAAAGCAGGUGGUGGUUGUUUCCCGAGAAUGAAUCCAUGGAUUCAUUAUCUCAAGACUGAAGCUUUAGC